CUUCUCUCCAUGUUCAAUAUCAUUCUAGUUUAUACUUUGACAUGGUAUCAGAGCCAUCCAUUUCAGUUUAAUUUUCAUAUUUUAUUUUAGUCAUUCAUAUCUCAGUUUGGUUUAUUAGUUUAGUUUACAGCGGGGUUCUUUCUCCAAGAGCUUAUUUCAGUCCAGAAACUUCGGAAUCCUACCAGAUUCUUAAUCCAUAAAAUCAAUUAGCUGCUACUUUCCAGAAAAUCAAUUAGCUGCUACUUUCCAGAAAAUCAAGUAGCUGCUAAUAUUUCAGAAACUCAGUUCAGUUAGCUUUAUAGCCCCAGAUUCUUCAGACCAGAAUUCGAGUCACAUCCAUAGUCAGGAGGUGCGCCUACCUCAGACGACCCAGCAGCUGAAAUCCGACACCGAACUGCAAGGCGAGCGUGCUACACUUUUCUGGCCAGAGAUUUGAUUGGAACUCUUCAACAGGCUCGGCUGAACUCUACCACCAGGAUCUGUUAACGAAGCAGACUAUUGGUAAAGGACAUGAGUCGGCUGGUCUUUAUAUUUUGGAUACAUCAAUAACAAAAGGGAAAUUAAGAGUCAGCUGCAAGGGUAGUUGAUACAGAGCAGCAGAUCGCUCCUGAGGAGCCAGCGAUCGAGGAAGAUCAGGGCCUUAGGCCCUGGAUUGUUUACCGGCGGCGUGGACGGGAUGGGCCCACAUCCGUGGGCUGGGGCGACCAGCUUAGUGGCUGAAUUAUUAUGGUCUUAAUUAAAUUAGUUAUUAAUUUUUAGUAUGUUUCCUAAAUUGAGUUUAUUUCCUAGUAUGAGUUGUUUAGGAGUUUUACCUUAAUUAGGACAUGUAGUCUAUUUAUACCCCUGAAGAGGGUUAUUCAAACUAUGCUUUUCAAUAAGAAUUUGUGUGUUUAAGCUAUAUGCUUUAGGCAACGGUUGCUACCGUUGAUUGUUAUUUUCUGUCCUUAUCAAUUUGGUCCGACCUGCCGGAUCCCGUCCCGCCACAAUGACGACAAGAUCUCAAAGUGAACGGUUGCAAGAAUUGGAAACUGAACAAAGUCGCAUAGGAGAAGAGGUCGCCCGCUUGGGGGCCGAACAGAUCCGGACGAACCAGACUCUCGCCGAUCAUGGUACGAAACUAGAAACGAUGAACCUAACACUCGGAGAACACGGGGCGAAACUGGAGGAGAUCGCGUCCUCUCUGGCCGCGAUAACAAAGGCGUUAAUUCCGCCUAAAUCACCGACCGGCGACGAGGUGGGUGCCCACAUCAGCACGCUGAUCGUGCCGCAUAGCGACGGGGAAGGUCGCACUUCCACUCCGACGCCACUUCCCACGUUUGAUGGUGGGGACCCGAUCGGUUGGUUAGCCCGGGUGGAGCAGCAGUUUGAGUUACAGGCAACCCUACCGGAAAAAAAAGUGGCUGCCGCUAUGGUGGCCAUGGAAGGAGGAGCACUUUACUGGGUGACGUGGCUGAGAUCACGCAAACCCAAUCUGUGCUGGGACGACUUCAAACAAGCCCUAGUGACUAGAUUUGAUUCCCGAUACCAAGGAAACCGAUUUGAACGUCUUUCUGGAGUCAAACAAGACGGAACAGUGGAAGAUUACAAUAUCCUUUUUGUCCAAUUAGCCAGCCAAGUUCCCGGAUUGACCGACGAUCACUACAUGGGGUACUAUAUGAACGGGCUUAAGGAAGAAAUAAAGUGCUCACUGCGUUUACUUCGUCCAGAUUGUCUAGAAACUGCUAUGGAAUUGGCCCACGGAGUGGAACAUAAGCUAUUAAUUCAGAAUGGUGGAAAAGGGGGAGCGAAUCAAUAUUCUUCCGGAUCACGCCCCAGUAUUUACCCAAGGUCAAACCCGGGGUUUUUCCCGAGUACGGGCAGCAGCAGCAGCUCGCGUAAUCCCAGUGGCAGCAUACCAAGGGUCACGGGUCAGCCGAUGGGACCCACAUCACGCGCGGCCGCAGCAGUUACCGGAUCUUCCGGGCAAACCACGGAACGUUCCCGAUUUACCCGACUGCCCACAAAGGUACUAGACGAAUUGCGCGCCAAGGGAUUAUGUUUUAAAUGCCGGAAGCCGUUCACUCCGGGUCACGAUUGCCCUUUUAAACAAUUAAGGGUAAUGCUUGCAGAGGAGGACGAAGAAUUUGAUUUUCAGCAGCACGACUAUUGCGAAAUAACGGGGAAUGAAGAGCUGCCACUUUACGAAGAACCCCCUGAUGGCGAAAACAGUGACUUUCCGGUGUAUGCCAUGGCUGGAAUCUUUAGUCCCCAGACAAUGAGGCUUCGCGGGAUCAUCAAAGGGUGCUCCGUCACAGUGCUAAUCGAUAGUGGGGCUAGCCAUAAUUUUGUAUCGUCCUCAUUAGUUUCGUUACUGCACCUCACACCGGACAAGACUGGUAAAUUUGGAGUACAAUUGGGAGACGGGCACAGGCAAGAGUCCGAAGGAGUAUGCCGUCAGCUGCCCAUAAGCUUGCCGGGAUGUGCUAUCAAAACAGAUUGUUUCGUAUUUCCAUUAGCUGGAGUGGACCUCAUACUAGGGGUUGCGUGGUUAGCAACGCUAGGGGAAGUGCGAACAAACUGGAACAAGUUAACCAUGCAGUUCAAGGUUAACGGCAAGCAAGUCGAGUUAAAAGGGGAUCCUUCCAUGUGUAAGAAUGCAGUAAGCUUACGUUCUCUUCUUAAAACAACCGAUAAGGAAUUUGGUGCAGUGGUCCUCAUCCGCGAAGCUAGCAAAAUGGUGGGUGCUACGGCAGAUACAUUGGAGGAUAUUCUGGGAACAUACGCAGAAAUAUUUAGCGACCUACAAGGGCUGCCACCGCAACGCUCAAGAGACCACCGGAUCGAGUUAGUUCCCGGGGCAAAACCAGUUUCGGUUCGGCCGUACAGAUACGGACAUUUACAAAAGGAUGAGAUCGAGAGAUUAGUUGAUGAGAUGCUUCAGGCUGGCAUCAUUCAGCCCAGUACCAGUCCACUCUCCAGUCCGGUAUUGUUAGUAAAAAAGAAAGAUGGCAGCUGGCGCUUUUGUGUGGAUUACAGGGAACUAAAUAAGUCGACUAUACCAGAUAAAUACCCCAUUCCGGUGAUUCAAGAUAUGUUGGAUGAGCUGGCAGGAGCUGUGGUUUUUUCUAAAAUUGAUUUGCGCUCCGGGUAUCACCAGAUCAGGGUGGCUAAAACUGAUGUGCAUAAGACCGCUUUUCGGACUCACACCAGACACUAUGAAUUUCGAGUGAUGCCAUUCGGGUUAACUAACGCGCCGGCUACUUUCCAAGCGAUCAUGAAUGAUUUGUUCCGGCCCUAUUUGAGAAAAUUCGUGCUGGUAUUUUUCGAUGACAUUUUGGUAUACAGCAAAACAUGGGCCGAACACCGGGAGCAGUUGGAUCACGUGUUAAGUAUCUUAAAGGCGCAUCAGUUCAGAGCCAAUAGGAAGAAGUGUAGUUUCGGCCAGCCACGUGUGGAGUAUUUGGGACACAUCAUAUCUCAGGCAGGGGUGGCUAUGGAUCCUGCCAAAGUUAGUGCGGUGGUAGAGUGGCCCCGGCCGAAGUCUGUACGGGAAAUUCGGGGGUUUCUGGGGUUGACUGGUUAUUACCGAAGGUUCGUAAGAGAGUAUGGGUUAAUUGCACGUCCACUUACAAACCUUUUAAAAAAGGAGGCCUUGCACCGAUUUCAAUGGACGGAAGAGGCCGAGAGAGCCUUCCGCCAACUUCAGAAGGCCUUGACCGAGGCACCAGUGCUUGCCAUGCCCCAGUUUGACCGCCAAUUUGUGGUGGAAUGUGAUGCAUCAGGUAUCGGUGUUGGGGCGGUACUUAUGCAAGAACGGAGGCCUAUUGCUUAUUUUAGUAAAUCAUUGGCUAAUAGAACACUGUCUAAAUCAGCCUACGAGCGGGAGAUGAUGGGACUAGCUUUAGCCGUGCAACAUUGGAGGCCAUAUUUAAUUGGAAGAAAGUUUAUCGUGCGCACGGAUCAUCGAAGCCUUAAGCAUCUACUCACCCAACGAAUUGCAACGCCUUCCCAGCAGGUUUGGGUUGCCAAGCUGCUUGGCUAUGACUUUGACAUCGAGUACAAAACGGGAAUUUCAAAUACGGCUGCGGAUGCUUUGUCUAGAAGAGGCGAAGAGGCAGAAUUGGCAGCAAUUAGCAUACCAGAAUGGAUAGGAUUGGCUGACAUAGAGGAGGAGCAACGGAAUGAUACCAACUUGCGGGACAUUAUACAGGCAGUGGAGGCCGAUCCGAAUAGUAUGCCGGGCUAUGAACUAAAAGGACGAAGGCUGAUCUUCAAAGGACGGUUGGUGCUGGCUUCAGACUCAAAAUGGAUUCCUCUCCUUUUAAAAGAAUUCCAUGACACGCCGACGGGAGGCCACGCAGGAGCUUAUCGGACCUACCGAAGACUGGCCAUGAAUGUAACAUGGAGAGGAAUGUUCCGUAGGGUGCGAGCUUAUGUCGCUCAAUGUUUGGUCUGUCAAAAGGUAAAAUACGAGGCCGCAUCACCAGCAGGACUGCUGCAGCCCCUGCCGAUUCCCAACCUGGUUUGGGAAGAUAUAUCCAUGGACUUCAUCACUUGUUUACCAAAAUCAAAAGGACACACAUCUAUUCUGGUGGUGGUAGACCGUCUAUCCAAAUAUGGGCAUUUCAUUGCACUCAAGGCCCCUAUCACAGCACGUUCGGUGGCAGAAACAUUCGCCCAGGAGAUAGUUAGAUUGCAUGGCAUUCCUCGCUCAAUUGUAAGUGACCGAGAUUCUCUAUUUGUGAGUGCUUUUUGGAAGGAGAUUUUUGCCUUGUCGGGUACACAAUUAAAGUUUAGUUCGGCAUACCACCCGGAAACCGAUGGCCAAACGGAGGUAUUGAAUCGAGUAUUAGAGACAUAUUUGCGGUGUUUUACUUGCGAACAACCAAGGCAGUGGAUACGUUGGCUACCGUGGGCCGAAUAUUGGUAUAACACUGCUUUUCAAACGGCAGCAGGAAUAUCCCCAUUUGAGGUGGUUUAUGGGCGGCCACCCCCCACAAUUCGGCAAUAUCUUCCAGGAGAGGGCGAGGUGGCAGCCGUGGCAGAUGUACUGGGAAGUCGGGACGUCAUGUUAAAGCGCCUUAAAGAAAAUCUGCAAAUUGCACAACAACGCAUGGCGACCCAGGCCAAUAAGCAUCGCCGAGACGUAACUUUCCAGGUAGGGGACAAGGUAUUCUUAAAGGUUAGACCACACCGACAAACCACUCUUUUCCGCCAGCCACAUAAUAAGCUCUCGGCCAAGUUUUAUGGACCUUUUCUAAUUGAAGCACGCAUUGGACCUACUGCUUAUCGUCUUGCACUACCGCCAACUAGUCGUAUUCACCCAGUAUUUCAUACUUCUCAGUUGAGAAGGGUAGUUCGAGAUCAUCCGGUUGAAAGUAACUUACCAGAAAGUUUAGAGUUACCAGUUGGGCCAAUUUUUGAGCCUGAAGAGAUUCUGGCAACACGAAAGAAAAAUGACAAGGACGAAGAGCUAUUAGUCAAAUGGGCAGGGCAGUCAACUGAUGAUGCUACAUGGAUGGAUAAAGCAAGAUUUCGGGGCCAAUUUCCAGACUUCAACCUUGAGGACAAGGUUCUUCCGAGGGAGGAUGAAGUUGAUACAGAGCAGCAGAUCGCUCCUGAGGAGCCAGCGAUCGAGGAAGAUCAGGGCCUUAGGCCCUGGAUUGUUUACCGGCGGCGUGGACGGGAUGGGCCCACAUCCGUGGGCUGGGGCGACCAGCUUAGUGGCUGAAUUAUUAUGGUCUUAAUUAAAUUAGUUAUUAAUUUUUAGUAUGUUUCCUAAAUUGAGUUUAUUUCCUAGUAUGAGUUGUUUAGGAGUUUUACCUUAAUUAGGACAUGUAGUCUAUUUAUACCCCUGAAGAGGGUUAUUCAAACUAUGCUUUUCAAUAAGAAUUUGUGUGUUUAAGCUAUAUGCUUUAGGCAACGGUUGCUACCGUUGAUUGUUAUUUUCUGUCCUUAUCAGUAGUGGACAGUGUUGAAAAGCUAAUAAAGUAGCAUAGAGCGGAAGACGUAGAAAAAGAUCGGAAGAGAUUAAGAGAAGACGAAAAAGUAGGGAUAAUUAUGUCUUUAGAGAUCAAAGGGUGGGAAAAGUUACCAAAAAAUCAAAGAGGGCAAGUAAUAUUAAAUUCCCACAAAAGGAAAGUGGAGCAAGUAGAAGUGAACAAACCGAGCAUAAUGGAUACUCCCUCUGUCCCAUUGGACUUUGCCAUCUUUCCUUAUUUGUUUGUCCCAAAAACUUUGCCACUUUCCUUUUAAAGUAAUGAAUUUGUGGUUCUCCUUAUUUCUCUCUCCUCAGCACAAAUCUCAACAACAUAGUUUUUAUUUUUCUUAUUCAACACCCAAAUCAAAGUAGGCAAUGUCCAGCGAGACGGAGGGACUUUAAUGUUUGAUUAGAGUCUGGGUCGUUUCUUCUGAUUCAGAGCAACAAAUUGGUUGAUGUGAAACACGAGAUAGAUCUAGGUUUUUGUUAAUCGUCACUUCAGUUAAGCAUUUUAUAGUUAUAUUAAUUUACCUAAUUCUAUUAAUAAAAUUAGUAAGGUAAGCCUAGGCCUUACCCCUCACACUGAGGUUUACCUUCUGGGUUUUAAAAAAAAAUCCUAAAAAAUCAUCUUUAGUGUCCCUAAAGUAUCCCUUGCUAUCCCCGAAUAUUCCUGUGUGCCCCAUUUUAUGAAUAACAAAAAACAGAAAUGAAAAGGGAAAAUAAAAGGAAACUUAAUCAAGUGUUUUAGAUAGUGAGAUGAAUGUCAAAUAAGUGCCAAUACACUGACAGAAUGCACAAAUAAAAGAAGUGUUGCCACAUGUUGGUUGGUAACCGAUGGGUAACAGGCUAAAUAGAGGAAUGAAGUUGGGAGUUCUUUUAGUUCUGGGGGGAUUGUUGGGCUCUUUUAGCAGGAAGGUAGAUCAGAAAACUUUCCUAAUAAUAUAUUUCCAAC